AGAGUGUGCUGUUUACUCCGUGUUCUUGUCACUUAAACAUGUCCUCUGAAGACGAGCCAACUUUUGAGCAGGCCGAUGCUGGUGCCUCUGCUACCGCUCCCCAACAGGCCGGUACCCUUCGUAAGGGCGGCUUUGUUAUGCUCAAGGGUAAGCCUUGCAAGAUUGUGGACAUCUCUACCUCCAAGACCGGUAAGCAUGGCCAUGCUAAAGCCAACAUCACUGGACUUGACAUCUUCACUGGAAGGAAAUAUGAAGAUAUCUGUCCUACUUCCCACAAUAUGGAAGUUCCCAACGUGGUCCGUGCUGAGUAUCAGCUGUUGAACAUUGAGGAGUCCGGUGCUGUGUCCCUCCUCACUGGUGAUGGCACUACUAAGGAUGAUCUGGAUCUUCCCAAGACCGAAAACGGUCUAGAUGAGGUCGGCCAGCAGGUCCAGAACGACUUCAACGAGGGUAAAACUGUCAUUGUCACCGUUAUUAAGGCAUGCGAUCAAGAGAAGAUCGUGUCGGCCAAGACUAUUGAGUAAAUGGUGAAUGUGUAAUGGUUGAAAAUGUACUCCUAGUGGUGGUAUCUCGUAGUGCUUACCUAUGCUGAUCUGUAAGCCUCUAUCUCAACUUUGUUGCUACUUUUAUGCUACUCACCCACUGUCAUUUGCUCAAGUGUUGCUGUAGUAUCAUCAUCGUAAGUGGCGACUUGUUGUCCUGUGAUGUGAUACUGCUAUCACUAUUGCAUAGUUCAGUGUUGGUCCGUAAUUGUUGCUGCACUGUUGGAAAGGAGUACGUAUGGGGUAAAUCUGUCAUAACCUUUAUAACCGCAAGAUUCAGCGCA